AUGAUAAGAGGAAAUUGGAGUUUAGCUGAUGAAUUCAAAAAAAAUGAAAAGAAACAAAUUUCAAAAAUUCAGCAACGUCAACGAGAUAAUCAUAAACUUGAAAAAUUGAAAGCUAUAGAUCCCAUUCAUUUAUAUUAUAAAAUUGAUCGUCUUGAUCAAACCCCCAAUAAAUCAGAAAAAGAUAAUUCAUAUUUAAAUAAAUUGAAAGAAGAUUGGGAUUUUAUAAUAAAACAUAAUUUACAUUCUUCUAAAUUAAAACCAUUUUUAGAAAAUCAACAAAAGAAACAGCAACAGAAACUAAGGCAACAAACUAAAUUAUGGGGUCAAAAAUCUAUUUAUUUUAAUCCUGAAUUGAAUCCAUUAGGUAAAGUUCCUGAAUUAGAAAAUCUUCCAUAUAAAUUGAAAGAUUCUAUUGAAAAUUUAACAGUUCCUUUAAAGGGGAAACAAAUAAAUUAUUCACCAGAUCCCAUUAUUAAGGAAUUACAAAUAAAAUGUCCUCCAGGCCAACCACCAAGGUUUUAUAAAUUGAUUCAAAAUACAUCGAAGAAAAAUAAGCAUAAUCUGAAAUCAAACAAUACUGAAGUAUUGCCCGAAUCAGAAACUAUUGUCAACAACAAUAGUUCAGAAGAAAAUGAUUCACCACAUGAAGAGGAAGAGGAAGAGGAAGAAGAAGGAGGACCAGAUUUUAAAAGAUAUAAACAUAGCUGA